AAAGUUUAUGACGUCUUUCCGCGUCGACGGUUUCCGCACGCGCCGUCGUGCAGCAAAGAUCUGGAAGCUUCUGGAUCCGCAUUGAAGAGUUUAUAUUAGCGGUGUGUAUGAGAUCCGUGCACGUUAUUAGUGCUGCUGCGGGGAAACUGUUGGACACGCGGCCGUGUAACCUCUACCGCUAACAAACCUUGGCACACAGUAUUUACUAAGAUGGCAGAAGGCAGAGGUAACAGAAAUCACCCCCGCAAUUUGCAAGGUGUGCUUCAGAUGGCUGUGGAGGCCGGUUCUGCUUCUGAAGGUCCUGCUCCGCGAGAACCCAUGACACAAGAGAGGAUAGAGUUUCUGAGAGGAGCUCUUGCGGAAGUGUGUAAAGGACAGAUGGAUGAGGUCGAGCAGAUGAAACAGUGUUUGGAGGUGCUAAGUAGAGAUGAAUGCAGGGCGAGAGGGAGUGAGGAAGAGGAGGAGGAAGAGGAGGAUGAGCGAGAGGAAGCGCUGGAAAUGCUUUCUGAGCUCUGCGAGAACUUGGACAAUGCCAGAGAUCUGAUGAAGCUGGGCGGUCUGGAUUUGUGUAUGUCGCGGUGUCUCUGUCACUCCGAGGCCGGGAUUCGAUGGAGGGCGGCUCACCUUAUUGCCAGCUGUGCCCAGAAUAUGCCCGAGGUUCAGUUCUACCUGCUCAACCAGGGGGCGCUGCUGACGCUCCUUCAGCUCGCAGAUCACGACGCAAACAGCACAGUUCGAGUUAAAGCACUCUACGCAGUGUCCUGUUUAGUCCGGGAACAGGAAGCAGGUCUGCGGGACUUCCUGUCACAUGAUGGCUUUUCAGUGCUGAUGAGGGGGAUGCAGUCAGACAGUGAGAAGCUGAGAACUAAAUCAGCGUUCCUUCUGUUAAACCUUCUGACCAGUCAUCCAGAACACAAAGAUACGGUGUUGUCUAUGGGGAUGGUUCAGCAGCUGGUGUCAGUUCUUCGCUCUCCUCAUUCCUCUGUACAUGAACAUGUGCUCGGUGCCCUCUGCUGCUUGGUUGAGGACUCUCCCCGUGGUGUGAACGAUUGCAGAGAUGCAUCGCUUGGCUUGGAGGAACUGCUCAACCAGCGAGUGCAGGACCUAAAGGGACGAGAGGAGAGCUUGGAGGAGCUGGACUGUUGUGUACGUUUACUAGCGGCUUGUUUCCAAGGGCAACCCCAGGACGGCAAUGAAAUGGAUCGCUGAGGUCUUAUUGGUGAUUCCUGCUACGCAGCGCAAACACAAAAGAAGCAACCGGAGUUUGAAAAAACUUGAAUUUUCAGAGUUUAGUUUGGCUAUGUGUGCUCUUGCAUAAUCAUAUACCAUGAACUGUACACAAGCACUUAUUAUAUUAUCAAUAUGUACAUUUUGUAUAAUAUGUCAGUUUGUUAUUGUAAAUUAUGUGCUGUUUAGGGUCAACCUGUCAAAAUCCUCUUUACACCUGAAAAACUAUACAAAUGCAAAGCCAUUAGGCGGAACUUCACAUGAAUAUAAUAAUAUUUUGUAAAUUUUAAAAUAAACGUGAAAGUGUACCCAUA